ACCUUAAUAAACCUUCAGUUCAUUGUUUUUUUUACUGUUUAUAUAGAUGCUGCUGGACAGCAAUUCUGUGUCUUUUGCUAUAUUUAUGCCAAUGUAUUGCAUCUAUGGAGAUAGUAGAUGUUCCCAUUCUCGGUACGAGCAAACACAGAAUUGUUUCACGAGUAACUCGAGGACUGAGAUUACACAAACGUCAAUUGACGAGAAUUACUCAACAUCUAAAACCUGCAAAAGAAAUAGAUCCAAUACCAGAAGGGCCAAAAGUAUUAAUGCCAAGAUUCAGUACGGAAGAUCUGAAAAAAUACAUAGACGAAGCAGUUCGUAAAGUCGAUCUUAGAAUGGAAAAUAUAGAGCCUGCAAUUUAUAAAAGUGGUGCGAUACAGAGACCGGGAACACCAGAAUGGUUUGCAUCUGCCUCUGCAAAAACUAAGAUCGCAGCAAAAAAUUAUUCACGUAAUGCUAUAGUUGCAGAAGAAGCCACUAAAAUAAUAUCCCAAACAUAUCGACUCAGUAAAAACCAAAUUGCUUAUGGUCUUCCAACAGUAGAUAUUCGCGAUACCUACCUUAGUAGCUCUUGCCCUUUAGAAGUUGAUUUCCCGUGUCAACCGAGAAAAUACAGAGCUUUCAGUGGCUAUUGUAACAAUGUUCAAAAUCCGACCUGGGGAAAUGCCAAUAUCAAAUAUAUUCGAUUUCUAGCACCCGAUUACACCGAUGGAGUAAGCACACCUCGAGGUGCUACAACGGGUGAUGUUUUACCCAGCGCACGUGCUGUAAGUCACUCUAUUCAUAGUGAUUCGGAUAAACCGCAUCAACACGUCACCACUAUUCUUGCUAUAUUCGGCGAAUUUAUUUUCCACGAUUUGGCACAUACAGCUCAAUCUGCAGGAUUUCAAGGUCAUAGAAUUAAAUGUUGUGGAGUUGAUCAAUCCCAAUUACAUCCGGAAUGUUAUCCAAUUACGGUUCCAGAAAAAGAUCCAAUAUUUGGAAGAAGAGGACGUAACUGUUUAGAGUAUAUUCGAUCUUGUACAGCUCCGAGAAUAGGUUGCACUCUUGGACCAAGGGAACAAAUUAAUCAAGUAACGUCUUUCUUAGACGGUUCCGUCAUAUACGGUUCGUCGAUCGAAGAAGCUAAUAAAUUGAGAACUUUUCGAGGUGGACAGUUGAAAACUCAAAAAAUAAAAGGAGGAAGAGAAUUACUUCCGGCAGACACUGAUGAUUUUGAUUGUAGAGGCUCUGGAAAAAGUAGAUGUUUCCUUUCUGGUGAUGUUCGUGUUAACGAGAAUGCUGGUCUUGUAGUAAUGCAUACGAUUUGGGUUCGAGAACAUAAUAGGAUAGCACGAACACUUGCUUCAUUAAAUCCACAUUGGGACGAUGAUCAAUUAUUCGAAGAAGCAAGAAGAAUAGUUGGAGCAGAAUUACAACAUAUAACUUAUCACGAAUUACUCCCAACAUUUCUUGGUCAAAACAUUAUGGAUAAAUACGAUCUUCAAACUCAUUCUAGUGGUUAUUAUACAGGAUACGAUAUUAAUAUUAAUCCUGGAAUAUCUAAUGUUAUCGGAGCAUCUGUAUUUGGUUUUUUAUUUUCUAUGAUGCCUUCAAAAUUUGAUUUGUAUACAAAAGAAUUUAAGAAAAUAGGAACGAAACCAAUGAGCCAAACAUACUUUCAACCAACUGAUAUGUAUUCACCUAACAAGUUAAAUGAAUACUUAUUAGGUUUGGUGAGUCAGAAAGCUCAAGCUGGUGAUGAAUUUAUCAGUAACGAAAUGACAAAUAACCUGUUUCUGGAUCCUAGUUCCGGAUUGGGUACAGAUCUAGCAGCUAUAAUUAUUCAACAGGGCAGAGAUCACGGUAUUCCUGGAUAUACAAAAUGGAGAAAAUUUUGUCGACUCGAUCCUGUUAUUAAUCACUUUUCCGACUUGAAAUCAAUGAUGACAUUAGAAACUGUGGAUAAAUUAAGCAGAAUUUAUAAAAAUGUACACGACAUCGAUAUAUUUACUGGAGGAUUAGCAGAAAUUCCUUUAAAUGGAGCAGUAGUUGGUCCAACUUUUGCUUGUCUUUUAGGUCGUCAGUUUCAUUAUUUAAGACGUGGAGAUAGAUUUUGGUAUGAAAAUGACAUACCGCCAUCUUCUUUCAAUAGAGAUCAACUAACGGAAAUUCGCAAAGUUACUUUAUCUCGAAUUCUGUGCGAUAAUGCCGAUUCUAUCAAUUUAAUGCAACCAUCAGUUCUCUAUCAAACGGAUCCAUUUCUAAAUGCAUACGAAACAUGCAACUCCGAUAAUAUUCCUAUUGUAGAACUAAAUAAAUGGAAAACAGCAUCUCCUCGGUUUGUUGUGCCUGAAACAUUACUACAAGAUUCUUUAAAGAGAGCCAAAAGACAAGUAGAGGAUAUGAUCUCUAAUGAAAGGCUUAUUACUAGCAAAAGAGGUAUUGCUGCUGAAGGAAGUGCUCAAGCUGCUCAUUUGGGAUUUUUACGACCCAAACGUCAAGCCAGAUUGAUUUCUAAUCAAUCGGUUGUUUUAGAAUUGGCAUCUCAAGGAUUCGCUAAUAAUUACUUUUCCAGUGAUCAGAGAGACAGAGAAGGAGGAAGUUCGAUGAAUAAUAUAAGAGAAUUGAUGGCUGCUCUUCCGAAUGUCGACGUCACAGAUUUUAUAGAUUUGCCAAAAACAUUUGACUGCGACGAACAAACACUACCUUGCGACCAUACUAGCCGAUUUAGGACCACAACCGGUUGGUGCAACAAUCUUAAAUAUCCCGAAUACGGAAAGAGUAUGAGGAUAUUAAAUCGUCUUCUUCCUUCUCAAUACGACGAUGAUAUGAGCACACCGAGAAGUCGUGGAGUUAAUGGUAAAAUUUUACCCAGUCCGAGAGCGGUGUCGACUGCCAUUCAUUACGAUAUAAGUGCACCUCAUGUACGUUAUUCGCUUAUGGUAAUGCAAUGGGGGCAGUUUGUCGAUCACGAUCUGACGUUUACGCCAAUGCACGAGGCGUUUGGAGGGAGAGCUUUGGACUGUCAAGAAUGUGAUUCUGCAAAAACACUUCAUCCCGAAUGUCUUCCCAUACCGGUACCUCCACGAGACAUUUUUUAUCCCCCUUUUAAUAAAACUACUAGAAGACCCACGUGUAUUUCUUUCGUACGAUCUUUAGGAGGGCAAUUGACAUUAGGUAGAAGAGAACAGUUAAACCAAGUAACUGCAUUUUUAGACGCUUCUAACGUUUACGGUUCCGAUAUGUGCGAUACAAAAAUGUUACGCUCUUUUAUCGGAGGAAGACUUAAUGUUACCCGUCAUCCUUUGCGUGGUAAAGAUCUUCUCCCCCAAAAAAAUGAUCAUAAAGACUGUCGAGCUCCUUCCGGUCUUUGCUUCGAAGCAGGCGAUAACAGAGCGAGUGAACAACCAGCUUUGGCUGCAACUCAUACAAUAUUUAUGAGAGAACAUAACAGAUUGGUGGAAAGCCUUCAGAGGAUUAAUCCUCACUGGAAUGACGAACAGUUGUAUCAGAAUGGGAGGCGCAUCAUGUCCGCCAUCAUGCAACACAUCACUUACAACGACUUUCUACCUAGAGUGCUCGGAAGAAGUUAUGCUAAUAAGAAUCACUUAUAUCCUUUACCCGAGGGAUAUUAUCAUGGAUAUGACGAAAACUGCAAUCCUACUAUAUACAACGAGUUCGCUGCUGCUGCUUUCAGAUUCGGUCACAGUCUCAUUAAACCCGAUUUGGAUCGUCUAGAUCGUGGAUACAGAUCGUUAAAUGAUCCUCUGAAACUCAGAAAAGGUUUCUUUAAUUCCGACAUGUUGUAUUCUGCCAAUGCCAUGGAUCACAUUAUGAGAGGUCUGGUAACAAGCAGCAUGGAAGAUCUGGAUAACUCGAUAACAGAAGAAGUGACAAAUCAUUUAUUUGAAGACAAUCGAAUACCAUUUUCUGGUAUGGAUUUAGCAGCGUUAAAUGUUCAAAGAGCUCGAGAUCAUGGUAUUCCUUCGUACAAUGAAUAUAGAGCACUUUGCAAUUUAACUAAAGCUCGAAACUUUGAUGAUCUAGUCAAAGAAAUACCUCCUCAUAUUGUUGACAGAUUGAAAGCUGUUUAUGAGAGUGUGGAUGAUAUUGAUUUAUUUCCUGGUGGUUUGGUGGAGAAACCCCUACAUGGUGGAUUAGUAGGUCCUACUUUUGGUUGCAUUAUUGCUUUGCAGUUUCAUUUGUUGCGUCAGUGUGAUAGAUUUUGGUACGAAUCCGACAAUCCUCUAAUUCGAUUCACUGAAGCUCAAUUAACAGAAAUUCGUAAGGCAAACUUGGGUAGGAUCAUUUGUGAUAAUUCAGAUACAAUUGAAUCUAUUCAACGUAACGUAUUUGAUCUUACGGAUUCUUUUAUGAAUCCUCGAGUGCCUUGCAAAUCUCUACCGAGUAUAGACUUAGAACAAUGGAAGGAGAGAAUAUCAUGCACGGUUGGGGAUGUAACCAUCGAUGUUGGAUCUGCAGAGAGGAUAUCUCCUUGCGUCAUGUGUACCUGUACAAAAGAAGGGCCAAUUUGUCAAUCGCUUCGAGUGAAUAAUUGUUUCCAUUUGGCUUCCACUUUUUCGAAAGAUUCCAUACUAUCCGAUCACGUCUGUAAAGUACAGUGUGCCUAUGCUUUCAGGGCAUUCCCUCAAGUUGAUCCUAUAAAAAAGAACGUUUUAGGAUUUAGUAAAACAAGUUAAAAGAAAAUAUAUAUAUAUUCAAAUAAUUAAAUUACACAGCUGAAAUGUCUCAAUGGCAGUUUUAUUUUGUGAAAGGCCUUAGCCAAACAUGGACUUGAGAGGCCUUUUUUUUUUAAAUGUAAUAUAAAACCCAUGUAACACUAUAAUUGAUACUGUACAAGAUUCUAAGAUUCUAGUUAAUUCUGGAUUCUAAAUCUGGGAUUCUACAAAACAUAUAACUUUGUGUCUGAUGUCCUUUAACAAAGAGCACGAAGAUCUUUUCCAUUUUAAUCAAAAACUUUAAUUUUAUUUAUUUAAAAAUUAUAUCGUUGUUUAAAUUCAUAUUUUAAUUUUUAUUUAAAGAAU